UCGUUCAUCGAGCCAGCAGUGACGAUCGAAGCCAACAGCGCUUUCUCCGCUUAAACGACAUAUUAUUUGUCGGCCAUUUUACGGAGUUGUGACGAGUCUGAGAGGUUAGCGUAGUGCUACGCUAAAUUUAUUUAUUUUGAGUGUGUCUGUGUGUCUGACUGGUUUGAAAGAUGUCGAUUGAGUACCUGCAAGUGGCCGAGGACGAAGGGGAGGAACCCAUCGAACUGCCUUCGGAAGAUGACGGUACACUUUUGCUGAGUACCUUGGCGGCGCAAUUUCCCGGUUCGUCGGGAUUAAAAUAUAGGAACCCGGAAAGCAAGUCUUUCAGGGGAGUAAGACUGAGCGAGGGACGGCUCCAUCCGCCCCCCGAAGGCGGAUGGGGCUCGCAAGUGUUCUAUUGCGUUUUUCCCAAAGAAAAUAAAAGGAAAAGCGAUGACAAUCUCGAAAACUCCACGGCGAAAACCAAACGCAUGGAGACGAAGUUGCGUUGCACCGACCUAAUAGUGCUGGGUCUGCCGUGGAAAACCACGGAACAGAACCUGAGGGAGUACUUCGAGACUUUCGGCGAGGUCCUCAUGGCCCAGGUAAAGAAAGACCCCAAAACCAGCCAGUCGAAGGGGUUUGGGUUCAUCAGGUUCGGCUCGUACGAGUCCCAGAUGAGGGUGCUCGCUCAGAGGCACAUGAUAGACGGGCGAUGGUGUGACGUUAAGGUCCCAAACUCCAAAGAGGGUCUCAUUCAGCAGGUGCCAUGUAAGGUGUUCAUCGGUAGGUGUACGGAGGACUUGACGGCCGACGAUUUGAGGGAGUACUUCGGCAAGUUCGGGGAGGUUACGGACGUUUUUAUACCGAAGCCUUUUAGAGCGUUCAGCUUCGUCACGUUCUUGGACCCGGAGGUCGCACAGUCGUUGUGCGGCGAAGACCAUAUCAUUAAAGGUACGCUUAAUAAAGGAGUGUCUGUGCACGUCUCCAACGCAGCGCCCAAGUCGGAGUCCCGCGGGGGCGGCGGUUACGGCAACCGAGACAUGCGCGGUGGCGGAGGACACGGCACGAACCGCGGCGGUGGACAGGGAGGUCCCGACGGACCCGGGAUGUACCAGCAGAGGUACAACGGACCCGGACCCAACCAAGGCACCUGGGCCAACCAGGGGGGGCCGAGGGGCAACCUGGACAUGCCCAACCUUCAGGCCUUAGGUAUAACAGGUCAGGGACAGCAGGGUAGCAACCAGCAGAGUUGUAACCCGUUAGGGCUGGGACUGAAUCUGGGCACGAUACCCAUGAACCCGGCCAUCGUGGCGGCCGCCCUCAAUCAGGCGGGAUGGGGCCUCAUCGGCAACCUGCAGAACCAACCGGAGCCCAAUUUUAACCAGGGCGGGUUCAGCAGCGGACCUAAUAAUAGCAACGCAGGCAGCAAUCAGAACGGCGGCAACCAGGGGGGCAACAACCCCGGUUUUUUAAAUUGGAUGUCGCAGGGCGGGGGUCAGAGCAAUCAGGAUGGCGGGCAGUGGCCCAGGCCGCCGCCCCAGCAGUCCCAGGAUAAGGGCUUCUUGAAGUACGAUUAGGCUAAUAAUCGGCAGGAUUGUUGACUAAGAACGAGCGCGUUUGUCCAUCAGUGAAAAUAGGGAUAAAGAUGCCAUUGUCUAAUAGGAAAUGAGGUGAAUUUGACGCCAGGUUAAUUAAUUUUGUGUUUAAAAAAGACUUGUCGGAGGGCUCGGGCAAAGCUUCGAAAAAGAACUCCGUCGUGGAAAUAAUGCUUAGCGAGCGUGUUUUUUAUAGUGUAAAAAUCGUAGCGAAUGUUUCUCUCGUCUUUUCGCCGCUCUGCCCGUCGCUUCUCCGGCUCGGUGUAAAUGUGUAAAAGAUUUAUCUCCGUUUAGAAAACUAGUGUGGAAAAAUCAAGUGUGUAUUUAUAAACAGUUAUCAUGUGGAUGGGACUAAGUGGUAAAGAUUUUUUUUGUAUUAAUUCUAAGUAAGGAUUUUUCUCCUCAGUAACUUAAUUGUAGUUAUGGCUGGUUAAUAUAUGCAUAAAUCUUGAGUGAUUUCAGCUGGUCUGUUUUUUAUCUGUGCUCUAGACACCAUCACCGCUUCCUCUCUGUAGAAUAUUCCUUUUCGGUUUUGAGCAGAGAAAGCCUCAAUCGAUCUUGAUCUUUGUACAUGCUUAAUAAACAAUUAAAAAUACUUGCCUGGGCGGGAUACAAAAUGCACAAAUUUUGAGGUUAGGAUAGGAAACAAUUGCAAUUCUUUCUUAAUAAUCCUUGAUUUGCUCAGAUCUUGUAAAAUUUCCAUUUCCCCGGCUUUUUAAAAGGAAAUUUCGUAAAA